AUGCAAAAGUCGUUUAAAGAUGAUAGCAACGUAGAAAAAUCUGACAUUCCUUUGUUUGCUUAUAAAUUAAUCAAAGAAACAAGUCCUACUUUUCAACUUGAAAAUUUGACUGAAUCUAAUCCUAAUAUAAUAAAUUCUAAUCAAAACAAAUUAUUUGGAGAAGUAAUAGUAUCAGCAGAACAUCUUGAAAAAGAGUAUAAAAUAGAAGGAAGAAAUGAAUCAGUAUUUGCUGUUAGAGAUAUUUCAUUUGGUAGUAAGUCUGAGAUUUUAGGUAUUAGAAAAGGAGAAUUUGUUAUGUUACGUGGUCCGAGUGGAGGAGGAAAAACUACAUGCCUCAAUAUGAUUGGGUUAAUUGAUAAACCUUCUCAUGGGAAACUUACAAUGUUUGGAACAGAAAUCAAUGAAAAAACAAAAGAAUCUUUUAUGGCAAACCUUCGUCUAGAAAAAAUAGGAUUUGUAUUUCAAACAUAUAACCUCCUUUCUACAAUGUCUGCUUAUGAAAAUGUUGAACUCCCUAUGAAAAUACUUGGAAGACUGAAUAAAAAACAACGACAUGAACGAACAAUUAAACUUCUUGAAUUAGUUGGUCUUCAAGACCGAAUGAACCAUCUUCCUUCUGAAUUGUCAGGAGGAGAACAACAACGAGUUACUAUUGCACGUGCAUUAUCAAAUGAACCAGAAUUAUUAUUAAUGGAUGAACCAACAGGAGAUUUAGAUACCAAAAAUACAAUAGAAGUAAUGAAUUUAAUUCUUGAAUUAAAUCAAAAAAUAGGAACAACAAUCAUUAUGGUUACUCAUAAUCCUGAUAUUGAAUGUUAUGCUGACAGAAUCAUCUAUUUACAAGAUGGACAUAUUAUCAAACAAGUGAUAAAUUCUCAACAAACAAAACUAGACUAUACUGCAUUUAUGAGGUAUAUCUCAUUAAGAGAAGAAAGUCAAAGUUAAUUAAAGUUUAUCUUACUACACAACAUCACAAUGGUUAAAAUAUAAUAAAAAUAUGAAAAGUAAUGAAAAAAGAAUAAAAAAGACAAAAGAGAAUUAAUUUUUAAUUUAGACUUAAGCAUAACCAAAUUUCUUAAGGAUAGCUACUUUAGCCUUAUACUUUUCAUCUGCAAGAAUCUUUUCUUUAGCUUCUGCAAUAGCCUUUUGUUUCAUUUGUUUAGCAGCAUACCAUUUAGCAGCUUUUUCUUUUCUUUCGGUUUCAUUUUUAGCAACAACAUCAGCAUAUUUCCAUCCUA